AUGUCUAACGAAGAAAUCACUCAUCCUACCAUUGUCGACGGCUGGUUCAGAGAAAUCUCUGACACCAUGUGGCCUGGUGAAGCCAUGACUUUAAAAGUCGAAAAAGUUUUACAUCAUGAAAAGUCUAAAUAUCAAGAUGUCUUGGUUUUCAAGUCCACUGAUUUCGGUAAUGUUCUUGUCCUAGACAAUGCCAUUCAAGUCACCGAACGUGAUGAAUACUCUUACCAAGAAAUGAUUGCUCAUUUAGCCGUCAAUUCUCAUCCAAACCCAAAGAAGGUUCUUGUCAUUGGUGGUGGUGACGGUGGUGUUCUAAGAGAAGUUGUUAAACAUGAAUCUGUAGAGGAAGCUGUUCUUUGUGAUAUUGAUGAAGCUGUUAUCAGAUUAUCUAAGGAAUACCUACCAAAUAUGUCCUCUGUAUACAAUGAUCCAAAGGUUAAGGUUCAUAUUGGUGACGGUUUCCAAUUCCUAAGAGAUUACAAGAACACAUUUGAUGUUAUUAUCACUGAUUCUUCUGAUCCAGAAGGUCCAGCCGAAACUUUAUUCCAAAAACCAUACUUCGAAUUGUUGAACGAUGCUUUAACUGAAAAGGGUGUUAUCACCACCCAAGCUGAAUCCUUCUGGAUUCACUUACCAAUCAUCAAGGAAUUGAAGAAAGCUUGUUCUGAAGUCUUCCCAGUCGCAGAAUAUGCUUGGACCAGUAUUCCAACUUAUCCAACUGGUAUGAUUGGUUUCAUGGUUUGUUCCAAGGAUAAGAAUGCUAAUGUUAAGAAGCCAUUGAGAACCAUUUCUGAUGAAAAAGAAGAUGAAUUGUACAAGUACUACAACAAGAACGUCCAUGAAGCUUCUUUCGUUCUGCCAAACUGGGUUGCUAAAGAAUUGAAGUAG